AUGGCUUCUCAAUCCUGGGACGAGGAGUCUACUCCGCUCAGCUUUCUGGAGUUUACGAGGGCUUACUACAAGCAAGAUCAGAAUUGUCCUAUUAUUGAAACGGUAGAUACCAUGCUCAUAAGAGACAUCCGCAACUACGAGCGGUAUCUCAAUGACCGCAGAGCUUUCGACGAGCUCAGCAUCUUUCUUGAACUUCGUGGCCACAUCCAAACAACGAACUACGACUUCGUACCGCAAUCCAAAUUCCAAGGAAACACACCACCACCGUCUUUCUCCGACUUUAAUUCUCAGUAUACAGGUAUUGGUCCAGAUUAUGUAUACCCACAGAUCUGCAAUACUUAUAGCAAGUUCAUCACGGGACUGGUUAGUCCAGAGACUUUGAAGGCUUACGCUGUGAGUCGGGAAGUAGUCGCAGAAGGUGACCGAAGAUGGCUCUAUGGGCUGAAAAGGAACGAAGAAAGUUGCAGAUCAAUUGAAAUACACAUGUUAAGGAGAGAAUUUAGAGAAGCAUGGGAGGACGCAGCCUCAAUACUCAAUCCAGAAGUUCUAAGUCACGUCGAGGCAUGUUGUGUGCCUCGCAUAAUCCAAUUGACAAUACUGAUCGCCACCGAUAUGGAAAUUCCCAGAGAGGAAGAGGAAUCAAUUACUAACGACCUACUAUAUGCUGAGAAUUGGAUCUUGCAGGCGAGAGAACAGACUUCCAGAUCAUCAAGACCAGCUCCAUCCUGCGAGCGCGGGGAGGAGUCGCAGCCAGCAGUGGAAUUAGAAGAGCGCGAUCGGCCGCUGGACUUGUAUGAAUGGCGACAGCUGGUGAUGCAGGCACAAGAUAAUUACUACGAGAAUAUGACUUUGGGGGAGUUUCUUGUUGAACUGAAAGAGGAAGCGGCAGGCGUUGAGGCUGAAGAUGAGAUGUCCGAAGAUGAGGACGAGAACAUUCAUAUUCCACGGUGCUUCAGUCGUCAGGCUGAUACUUACUAUAGUGCUGCUUAUGUGGGUUGCUUCUAA